AUGACGCCAACUUUGCCGGCUGCAAGUGAGCAGGCUACAGAUGAGGGGAUGUAUCCGCCAGCUCCAGCCAACGUCUAUUCCGUGAACAAGACCGCCCUACCUUGGAAGGAUGGUUCGUUGAACUCCCCCAGUGGUGCCCCACUCUUCACCUUCUACAUGUACCGUGCAGUGUCAGACGAAGUCUACCCGCCUUUGAACACCAACGUUGCCAGCUUGCCGGGCGUCCUGUGGUAUCUCCAUCAUGAGGUCGUCAUCCAAGCACCCCGAAAGUUUCAAAUCUCGCGCAUCCUGCGCUACAAAGUGCAGAUGCGCGCAACCGCACCGCUUCUUCGGCUUGGAAUGCACUUUGGCGUGCGGCUGGCCUACGACAAGGGGCAAGCCACAGGCCCAUUUGUGUGUGGGCGCACCAACAUCACCAGCAAGGACGGAACCACAGCAGGGUACAAGCCAAAGUUCUGUGGUGAUGCUGCUGCAUUUGCGGAUACGUACCUCGAAGAUAUCAAGCCUUACAAGAACGAGUACGAGUAUGCCGCCUAUGGGUACAACGUCGGCUGCAACAAUCUUGGCGAUUACCCCUUCCCCAUGCACCCGGUGUACUACCCGAACGCGAUCUGGUAUACUAUGCCGGGCCCUUGUCCGAACAAUCUCUACUACAACAAGGACAACUCCUGUCAGGCCAGCCAGCCAGGAGGCUACUGCCCAGGUGUGGAGCCGAACGGGAACGGCACGUGUACCUGGAACUACGAGGAAGCCGGGGAGAUCAGUCUCGAUGAGUUGGUGGGCAUCAAGGACUAUGACUCUUGGAAGCAUGGCCACCGCGAGUAUGACCCGGAAACCGACGAGGGUGUGAAGUUCAGCUGGUGGAAUGGGAUUAACAGCACCUCUGCCAACGAGGAGCGUGUGAAACAGGCUUCCGAGCUUUUUGACAAGAAGUACCCAUCCAUGCCGACGGUUGCUGAGCUGACCAACCCUCCGUGCGACUUUGACUUCGGCUACUUCUACAAGGAGUGGUACCGAAAGGACGGCUACAGCGGACCCUGCGGACCCCCCAAUGCAAAAUGCAAGGGUGGAAUUGGCUGGAUUCGCCACGACGGCCUCAAGCAGCAUCCGAAGUGGUACGUUCCCCUCACCACUUCUGCCAGCGAUGAUGACAUCCAGCGCUUGCUGUACCAGCUAGGAAAGAACGAGUGCUUGCGUCCGUGUGAAAAAGGUGAGACGCCUACCGCGUCUACACCCAGCACGAAAGCUUCAUGA